UUUUCCUUUAUUUAUUUCUUCAGCUACAAAACUUUAUUUCGUUACUUGGAUGCAAUCAAGAAUGGAGUACAAAAUCAUAUUUCAUCCAGCGCAGCAAUAGCUACAAGUACAAAAAUUUGAAAAAGCAGCUAACCCGCGCAGUUGUCUUCCACCUCUUCUCCGGCGGCUACCUAAAUUCGUCCAUUUUUUACCCCAAUUUGCGUUCUAACUCCGGCGAGCCCUUCCUAUCUUCUCCAUCAAUUGAAUAGUUUGUAUGUACAAGUUUUACUACUACACAGAUCCAUCGAAUGGGUAUUAAUGAAAACUGCAGAAACGAGCUCCGAGCGGCCGUCCGUCAGCUCAGUGAGCGCUGUCUUUACUCCGCCUCAAAAUGGGCGGCAGAACAGUUAGUGGGAAUUGAGCAAGACCCAGCAAAGUACACCCCAUCUCAUACAAGAUUCCAGCGUGGAAGCUCCAGCAUACGCCGCCGGUUCCGCACAGCCACGGAAGCCGCUUUCACUUCCACCCCUGCUGCGGGAGUAUCCCAUGUCUCCACGCCGCCUAUACUGGAGGAUGACAACGAAGCCAUUGACAGCGAUUUUUACCUGCUCGCCAAGUCCUACUUUGAUUGUCGGGAGUACCGGCGGGCAACCCACGUGCUCCGUGAUCAGACUGGCAAGAAAGCCGUGUUUUUGCGCUGUUAUGCCCUUUUCUUGGCCGGUGAAAAGCGAAAAGAAGAAGAGAUGAUAGAACUCGAGGGACCCUUAGGCAAGAGCGAUGUUGUGAACCAUGAACUGGUUUCUAUUGAGCGGGAGUUGUCUGCACUUCGAAAAAAUGGAAGUAUUGAUUCCUUUGGCCUUUACUUGUAUGGUCUUGUUCUUAAGCAGAAAGGCAGUGACAAUCUUGCUAGGACAGUUCUUGUUGAGUCAGUAAAUAGCUACCCGUGGAACUGGAGUGCUUGGUCUGAGCUGCAGUCAUUGUGCACCACAGCUGAGACAUUGAACAGUUUAAAACUUAAUAACCACUGGAUGAAAGACUUCUUUCUAGCUAAUGCUUACCAAGAGCUUCGUAUGCACAGUGAGUCAUUGGUGAAAUAUGAAAAUUUGCAAGGGACUUUCAGUUUUAGCAAUUACAUCCAGGCCCAGAUUGCUAAAGCUCAGUACAGUCUUAGAGAAUUUGAACAAGUAGAAGUUAUAUUUGAAGGACUUCUAAGAAACGAUCCUUACAGGAUUGAAGACAUGGAUAUGUAUUCCAAUGUGCUAUAUGCAAAGGAAUGUUUUUCAGCCUUAAGUUAUCUUGCACAUAGGGUAUUUUUGACGGAUAAAUACAGGCCAGAGUCUUGUUGCAUUAUUGGGAACUAUUACAGUCUGAAGGGGCAGCAUGAGAAAUCUGUAAUGUAUUUUCGGAGGGCUCUUAAAUUGAAUAAAAACUAUUUAUCAGCUUGGACACUUAUGGGUCAUGAGUAUGUAGAGAUGAAAAACACUCCAGCAGCAGUUGAUGCCUAUAGGCGGGCUGUGGACAUAAAUCCAUGUGAUUAUCGAGCCUGGUAUGGACUAGGACAAGCAUAUGAGAUGAUGGGGAUGCCAUUUUAUGCUCUUCAUUAUUUUAAAAAGUCAGUGUUCUUGCAGCCAAGUGAUUCUCGAUUAUGGAUUGCAAUGGCCCAGUGUUUUGAAACAGAACAGCUUCAUAUGCUUGAGGAGGCAAUCAAAUGUUACAGAAGGGCUGCAAAUUGUAAUGACAGAGAAGCAAUUGCACUUCACCAGCUAGCAAAACUGCACGCUGAACUGGGUCGUUCCGAAGAGGCAGCAUUUUACUACAAGAAAGAUUUGGAGAUUAUGGAAGCUGAAGAACGGGAAGGUCCUAACCUAGUUGAAGCUUUAAUGUUUCUUGCAAGAUAUUAUAAAGCUCAAAAGAGAUUUGAAGAUGCAGAGGUUUAUUGCACCCGCCUUCUAGAUUAUUCUGGCCCAGAGAAGGAAACGGCAAAGAGUCUACUUAGAGGAAUAAGAUAUGAAAUGGAUGUUGAGCAUCUUCCACCAUGAUAAAUUUCUUUCUCCUUCACAAACCUGUGUAUGAAUUCGGAGGCACCAACUGAACAUACAACUAAGAAACUUGGACAGUUCAGUGAAACAGCCAAAAAGUUGAGAAUCUAAGCAAGCAGACAGUUGGCAUCCUCGUUAAAUGUAAUCUUGUUAUCUUGUUGAUUUCACGAUCAAAAAAAUGCCUGUGCUAUGAGAUAUUUCCCCUUGUUUGGAAUGCCAGGGAAAGAACUUAGGUGCAAAAGAAUGCAGAUAUAGUAAUGUAUCUUAGUUUCUCAUAU